GUCCAGACGGAGUCAGCAGUUGGGGAAAGGGAGCUCCGUCCUGACAGCCAGUGACAACUGGCUGGCGCUCUUCAGAGGGAAAGGAGCUAAGCAGGGAACGGCCUGGAGCCAUGGCCCAGCAAGGAGGAGGAAGAGAGGAAGAAGAAGAAGAAGUGACCCUGGGGAAGAUAGACUCCCGGGACCCCCUCACCAAAGAGAUUGAUCUGGUGGAAAGAGACCCCAAGCAGAUCAACCAAGAAGUGGUAAAGGUGAGAGCAUUCCUAUUUUAAUGGCAGAAAGAAGCACACUCCUGAGGAUGCAAAAUGAUGAAGUUCCCUUUAGACUGAGAGCAGAUGGAGCGAGGAGGUGGGGGUGGGGGUGGGCAAAGCUUUCAAAAAUAGCCCAGGAACAAAAGAGAACAUUUCUUCUGCAGAUAGCACCAAUGCUCCUUUGCAGUAACUUAAAGAAAGCAGAGUGUGCUCUCUACCCUCCCCCUUAUGAUAUUCAUUUGUGCACCAAGUGAGACUUAAAACUUGAGGGAUCUGCUUUGUCCCCCAUCCACCUCCCCAGAAACCUAAAGUCCACAAGCGGGAGCCGGGUGCAAAAGUUGUGAAGAGAGGGGGAGAUUAAGGGACAGUGCUCCUCUGAAGAGCUUGUUUUCAGUGCCAGAACUGAGCUCACAGCCCUUUCAGGCAGAAGACCCAUCCCUCCUUUCCUUGGCAAGCUUUCUUCAUUUCACCAGCCUUUCUGGGGUGGGUGGGUUGCUGCUGUUGUGAAAACCAUUGGGACCUACUGUAAUACCUGUAGAUCCUGAUCAACCUUCUGCUCAUCUCUGCUAUGGCACAAAACUCCCCUAAAAAAAGGGAGAGUGGCAUAUAUGCCCCAUGGAACAUACAAUCUAAAGGCGCCUUGAGCAUCUCGUAUUGUGGCAGAAAGGCGGGACAUUAAUGUUGUUGUUCAUAAUAUAUAUAGCAAGGGGAGGACAUAAGAAUAGGGAUGGCUAGUGAUGAGCAGCAAAUGCAGUUACUUAGAUGAAGAAUAGGUCAGUGGCUGUUUAGGGCCAAAUGUGGCCCUCAGUUGCUUCCCAUUUGGGUCCCAGCACUGACCCACCCUUUCCCUCCUUCUCCUGAGGAGAGACCCAGGCAAAGGUCUCUUUAAAGCCCAGUAUAAACAGCAGAAGCUCCUCUGCACUCGAUCCAUGAAGCACUUCACCAACUGAGAUACAGACAAAAGCCCAACAUCUGUUGCUAUUUGCUACGGGGAAAGAGAGUAGAUUCUCCAAGAAUCCUUUCAUCUGUGGGCUCACCCACACUUCCCUUGAUCCGAGAGGUUUUUCUUUUGUUCUGCUGCUUUUCCCGGGAAAGCCCGUUCUUUUCUGAUGAAUUGGAACAAACGUCAAUCAGGUUACAGCAGUAAAGAGCAGGUUUAGGACCACAGAAGUAUGGCUGAGCCCUGUGUCUGGGUGGAUAUGGCCAUUAACGAAUGCUGCUGUCAGUUCAAUGCUUAUAUUGUUUCAGAACAACGUCCUUGUGGACAGUUAGGGCUGAUCCAUACUUCCUCUUGUGCCGCUGCUUUCCCCUGGGAGAAACUUCUCUUUAGCACUCAACUGGAGCAAAAGGCAGCUUGGGUUUUCUGCGGAUUGCCAUUUGCUCCGAUUUAGAGCUCAAGUGGCUUUCCCUGGGAAAGGAGCAGGGCAACCACCCAGACCCAUUGCUUUCUCUGAGCCCUUAGUUGCCAAGGGAUGGCUUUGGGGCAGCUGGAGUGAAGAUGGCACAGCAGGGGAGGAAGAGUCAGCUAGGUCUUCACAGAAAAGGUUGGGCUGUGAAGAGGAUUUGAAGAGGGAGGGAGAAAGAGGUAGGAGGCAGUUUGUGGCCUAAGGGCAGUGAGAGAGAAUGCCCAAUGUACUGGACCUCUCACCGAGCCAGAAACAGAGUGCAGAUGCCUCAGCUGACACCCUCACUGCAUUUAUUUCAAAGACAUGAGCCUCAGGUGCAGGACUGCAAAGCUACCUACAGCUAAAAUUUCCAUAAACAUGAAAUAAUGUUUUUGUGGAAAAGAAUUAAAACAGGAGAGUGAAUGGGAGAUCUCAAAGGCAGCUGGAACAGUCCUUCAGCCCAUAGUGGCAGUCGCUUCCUCCUAGUUCAUCUUUAGAAAGAAUUGGUCACCACCAAAAAAUUCAGAGUGGUGGCUAUUUCUGUAACUCAGACACACAUCCACGUUCAUUUCUCCCAAGCACCAGAGGCUCAUGGGAGUUCACAGGUAGGAAUUGGCAAUUGGUGGCCAUGGGGCCCUUUGAGAAAGACUCUUUGGUGCCAAAUCAGGGGCAUAUGAUUUGCUGUCCAUUAUAUUGAGGGGGAGCGGACUGGGACCCUGGCUUGCCACUCCAGUUGUCCUCAGGAACUGGGGCAGGGUGGAGGAGGUCCUAAGAAUGAGUAAUGCAAUCUUCAUCUCCCGGUGGACUUACUAUAACCUCGCCUAUUUGUUGUAUAAAAAAGAUAGCCAGCUUCCUCACUUGAUUCCUUGUUUAUCCUGCCUUCCUGCAUGUUGCUCAGAGCAAUGCUCACAGCAUAACAACAGCCCUGUGAGGUAGUUUAGAUUAAAAGGAGCUAAUUUGCCCCAGAUUGCUAAAAGAGACACUUGUGAUAUUCCACAUAUUACCAUAUUGGUCUGAAUAUUAGCCGCACCCAAAUAUAAGCUGCACCUUUAAAAUUCAAGGGGGGGAAGGAAAAAGAGACACUAUCUGAAUAUAAGCCGCUCCCUUAAAAUUCCGCAGACACUCACACCCGUUCUGUUUUACACUAUGUCUGCAGCGAUAUCGUAAAAGCCAAUUUUUGUAAGGUCGCGAAGUUAAGACACACUUUAACUUUUCAUGGUCGGAAUUUGGAAAAAAAAGUGAGGCUUAUAUUCAGGCCAAUAUGGUAUGUCAUACACCUGAAGUGAGUUUGAUUCCCAGUGACUUCUUUUUCCUGCAUCCACAUCAUACAUUUAAAGCAUACAACUCCCCUAAAAUAUUCCUGGGAACUGUAGUUUCCCCACCUCAGAGCUACAGUUCCCAGCACCCUUAAUAAACUACAGUUCUCAGGAUUGUUCUGGGCAGUGCUUUUCUUCUAGAAAAAAAGAGGUGCCAGUACUGCAUACCUUUGAGUACCUCCAGAAAAAGCACUGCUUUGCAGGGAAAACCAUGUGCUUUAAUGUGUGGUGUGCACUGACAAGGACAUGGUCAGUAAUGCUGUGGGUUCAUGAAUUUUACUAGCCCAUGCAUAGCCUGGAAAAGAGAAGGAAGCAAUCCUUUCCAUAUGCAAGGGCUUCCAGUCUUACAGGUCACCUCAUGGCAAUUCUUACUCCCCAUAGGUGACAGGCAAGUGGUGUGGUGUUUUUUUAUUGUACUCCCCAAGGCUCCAAGCUGUGUGUGUUUGUGUGUGUCUGUUCAUUCCAACUGCAGUGGGGAAGCAAAGCCUCCUCUCUCUGUGUUCCAUGUUUGGCCCUCAGAAGCAGAACUGGAUGCAGUUCUCUUUUUAGCUUUAUGACUCUGUCAACGGGUGGUUAUCCCACCAUGCAAGAAAGCUAACAAGGCUAUAAAAAGGACAGAUUGAAAAGAAGAAAGAAAAUGGCACUCUGGAAGAAUAUUGCUAAUGUUUAAUCCACUUAAUGCUGAUCACGUUGCUCUACCUUUGGGAGGUCUGCUCUCAUCUCUUUACAUUUUAAUCUGACUUUUGCUCAGGAUUUAAAAUACAGUCGUACCUUGGAUCCCGAACACCUUGGUACUCGGACGUUUUGACUCCCAAACGCCACAAACCUGGAAGUGAGUGUUCCGGUUAGCGAAUGUUCUUUGGAACCCCAAUGUCCAACCGGGCUUCCGAUUGGCUGCAGGAGCUUUCUGCAGCCAAUUAGAAGCUGCACUUUGGUUUCCGAAUGUUUUGAAAGUCAAUCGGAUAUCUGGAACGGAUUCCGUUCAGCUUCCAAGGUACAACUGUGCACCAACCCUGCCCUUCUUGGCAGAACCUGGACAGCUCCCAACCAUUAAAAGCAGUCUGUAAAUUCACACUUUCUCUAAUCUAGGAUGGAUUAUGAUCAAUUUGCACAGAAGUCCAGGGACUAUUUUAGUGCUGGGGCGGAAAACCUACAUGACAAUCCUUCUCCCACAAAUGAACACGGGGGGGGGGGGGGGAGGUGCAAUGCACCAGGAGGUUCUACCAGAAGUUCCUCUGGGUUUGGUCUCAUCAGUCUGAUCUGUCUGCUGCCUCUAAUGGUGGAUUUCAACUCUGUUGACAGAGGCAGGUGCCUCUUCUUGGUGCAUGAGAGGCCUGCCUCUGCAAGGAGAUUAAAUAGAUGUGCUUAAGCAACAGUCAUAGCUCUGUAAAGGCUCCAUAGAGUCAGUAAAGGCAAGCUUCCCAAGGAAGGAGGUUUCACAGAACCAGCCAAAGGAGCCCACUGAGGUUUCUACACAGGAAAUUGCCAUCCAAAGCAAAGCUUUUCUCCUGGCUACCUGAACAGCCGAAAGGAUUCAUAUGGUUAGGAGCGCUCCUUGAGGUAAGCUGGACCCAAGGCCACAGAGAGCCUUAAAAAUCACUACAUUGCAGUAUGUUAAAAAUUUGCCCAUGUAAUCCGAGGAAAUGAUUGAGGAAAAUAGAAAGAAUGAAACAUGAGAACACAGCCAGAAUAACAUACAAGAAAGGCCAGUCGGCUGGCACAUAUCCUGUUUGGGACAGAAUCUUCCCCAAAGGUGUUUGUUUCAUCCUCAUGAACAUUUCAGACCAUGAAUUGUGGACCUCCUGGCUCUUCUAGAAGUGGGUGCAGAACCAGGGCAGAAUGACAGGCCACCUAAGAACAAAAGAUCCCAUCAAGUUCUCACAGGGGCCCAAAAGGCAUCUGUGAGCAGAACCUGAACAGAAGAGCCCUCUCCUCAUGGUCUUCAGAGGCACUAUCAUGGCAAGUAGCUCCUGCUAGCCAUGUCCAUCAUGAAUUUGUCUCUCUUUUAAAGCCAUCCAAGGUGGUGGUCAUCACUUCUCAUGGGAGCAGAUUCCAUAGUUUAACUAUGUGCUGUGUGAAGAGCUUCCUUUUGACUCUUCAGAUGUUCAUGAUGCAAAAGUGUGUGACAAAGCAUAGUUGGCCACUUGUCAGGGGAAAAGGCAGCUUCCUGUGUGGAACAGCUUGGAGUACUGAAGCAGCUGGGAUGGGAGGUUGCGUAACCCUAUCCUGACGACUGCAACUCCCCACAUAGGGUAGAAGACAAAUGUCUGUGAGGGUGAGCACAGGCUUAGAGCUUCACCAAGAGGAAAAACGGCUUUGGGGAGCGGAUUUUAAGCAAGCACCAUCUCUUGCUGUCUCUCUGCUCAUAGCCAUUCCAUACCAGAAGCUGCUUUGGCCUGGCCAUUUUGUGACAUGCAGCUGUGUGCAAUGUCUAGCUAAGGGCAAAGAGCACUCAUCCAUCACACGCUAGAACCCAGAUGUGCAAGGCUGGUUGCAGCUCCCCCAGAGGCAGAGAUGCUCAACAAGACCGUCUAUUCUAAAAUUCAUAUCCUGGUUAAAAUUAAGCCCUGCCUGACUCAUGGCUUUUUUCCUUACCUUGCCAGGUGGACUUUGAAGAUGUGAUUGCUGAGCCAGAGGGCACGCACAGUUUUGACGGGGUGUGGAAGGCGAGCAACACCACUUUUACUGUCAGCAAGUAUUGGUGUUACCGAAUUCUGUCGGGGGCUCUGGGCGUGCCCCUCGCCCUGCUCUGGGGCUUCCUCUUUGCCUGCAUUUCCUUCUGCCACAUCUGGGGAGCCAUGCCUUGCAUCAAGAGCUACUUCAUAGAGGUGCAGUGCUGUGGGCGCUGCUAUGCCCUUUGCAUACGCACCUUCUGCGACCCGCUUUUCGAAGCUGUGGGGAAGGUCUGCGGCGACGUCCGAGUGGCCCUGCGCAAGGAACGUGCCAAGGACUGAGGCUCUGUUUGGGACCAGGACAGGACUCCGGGGUUUGCCUUCCUCCAGCUAGAGGCCUGAUCUAGGUGGAAGCUUCCGGCUGGUGGAGCUAUUCCUCUAACUCCCUGUCCUCCACAUGCCAAGCCAAAGUGGUGGUCUGGAAUGGGAAAUCCAAACAGCAGCCCCUAAACACACACACAUGACAGAAUCUAGUGGGAAGUACUUUGCAGAAACCUCAUCAAUUAGGCUGGCAUGGCAGGCGUUCUGAGUAGGAUAUGCCCUAUGGGUCCUGCAUCUGUCUGUCUUCUAUUUCUGCCCCCAUGAAGCAGCCCUCUGUCUCACAGUGUGCCACAGUAUGAAUUCCUUUGUGUACUGAAUUAAAGCACCAUGUCUCAUGUUGCGAUUAGCUCCAUCCUCUCCUAGGACCGACAGUCACAAGACAUAAGGUUUCAUCCAUCUAUUCUCUCGUCCCUUUGAAGCUGCGGUGUGCCGUCAGGGACAGCCUUUCAACACUUCUUCUUCCAAGCAGGGGAAACAGCAGCACUGUGGCAACUGCACAGUUACAAAAAUCCAAGUUCAGCCACUAGUGUCAAUUCCUGCUUUGAAAAGAAAGGUGACUAUUUUCCUUUUGUUAAAAGAAACAAAAACAAAUCUGCAUUGUAUGAAAAUAAAGCCCAAGAGAUCCUUCAGUGCCGUGUUUAUUCCAUAAAAAAUUCCGGCUGGAGGGUGCUUCUGCGGAGAGUUUACAAAUCCAGUUUAUUGCAAGAGACAGCAGGGGGAGAUCACAGUACAGAAUUGUUUCUGGUAAUGGAGAAGAGAAUCAAUACCAGGGCUGUGUGUAUGCUGUGAUUCUGUGAGAGAACCAAAAAGGCACAGGAUGUGGUAUUGGCCACCAAAUUCCACUUCCUGAGAAUCUCAGCUGUAUUUUUUUAAUAAAAAAAAAUUAAAGCAAGUUUCUAGCCUUAAUGGCUGCAAAGAUAUGCUUGAAAGUGUAUGGUCCAAAGCCUGUUGAUAUUUUAGAAGCCACAGGAGUGGCUUAGUAAGAUUUCCAUGGGGGGGAAUCUCAGAGCACUGUACAGAUGCUUCCCCCUCUUUUUGACUAGCCCAAGCAGAAUAAAUUAUGAAAGAGACUCCACGCAAGUUUGCUUGAUUUGCAUAAUUUAUACAGGUUGAAGAAUUCAGCUUUUCUUGGCACAGAAUUUUAAAGCAUAGAGUUACACACAGCCCUGAUUAAUACUGAGCAGCUCAGACUUUUUAUUUAAAAAAAUGAGAGAGAGGAACAGAGUAGACCUUCCUUGAAUGCAAGGGAAAUAUUGGCACAUGGAUGCCCUCCCCCAACUAUGUCCCCUUACUUAUUGCCCCAAUGUAAAAGGGUGAUGCGCACAGGGAUGAGGUUGCACCGGGGACAGCGUGGGGGGGGGGAGAGUUUUACAAAUCCAGACAAAUGUGAGAAGCACCAAGGGAUACAUGGCGGGGUUGGAAAGCGGGAGGGAAGAGAGGGAAGAAGAGAACACAGCUGGCGAGGGCUUGUGUGAAUCAUGUCAGGAACAGAACACACAUACAAGAGAGAGACUCCUCCUUUUCAACACCUUGCAUUGUAACCCACA